AUGGCCGAAGUGGCCAGGAGAAACGAGGCGCCGCCGGGCGAUGGGGCUGGUAAUGUGGAACCAGCGCAAGGCGAACAACCACAGCCCCAACAAGGACGGUUUAACAUGUUCUUUGGAGUUGUGAAAACAUUAAUUGUUCGAUCAUUAAUUAUCUACUUCAUUACAUCAAUGUUUAAAAAGUCCUCCAAUGUACCCCCUGAUGGUGUUACUCCAGUUGCUGAUUCCAUUCCAAAUGUCAAUUUUUUCGAGUAUGGUACUAAAUUUGAUAUGUAUGUGUAUUUAUCUGAAGACAGUAUUAAGAAUGUAAUAGAUGAUAAUGAACUUGUUUGGAAAAAAACAGAUUUAGAAUAUGGGGACUGGUCUUCAGGACCUAAUAACGAUGGUACUUAUACAAUUCAAAAAUCUUUCAUUCCAUCAACGAACUUGCAAAAUAAUGGAUCAAUUUAUUUACACGUAUACUUCAUUAAAAAGACAAAUUCAAAUAUAAGUAAAAAUGACCCUUAUGUUGUUCAUGCUUUCAAACAAUUAAAUAAGUUUAAAAAAGUCAAAUUCUUAAAAACUCAUAACCUACUUACUGGUGAAACAUCUGCCACUCCAGAACAAAUUGAAAAAGCUGAAAAAGUUGAGACUGAAAUAAUAUCACAUUGGCAUCCAAAUCUUACAAUUUGUUUAGUAACUGAUCAAACAAAUUGGACCAAAGGUUCUCUCCCUGAGCCAUUUUCUGAAUAUCUAGAAUUUUUACCACAUAAUCGGUAUAAGCCAAUGGUGUUUUUCAAUGAUUUCUGGAACAUGCUUAGAGACUAUCAACCAAUCAAUAAAACUGUGAAUAAUUUGGAUUUAACACUAACAUUCCAACCACUGUCAUUAUUUAAAUGGCAAAUGUAUUCGGCUCAGACUAUGCGAAACAAAUGGACUGCUGGAUUUUUAGGUGAUACUUUUGCAACGGAUGCUAAUGAAGAUGAUCAAGAUCAAGAUUCAUUAAAAGAAGCUUUGCUAGAAACGUCACCAUAUAUUUUAGCAGCUACAAUCAUUGUAUCAAUAUUGCACAGUGUUUUUGAGUUGUUAGCUUUCAAAAACGAUAUUCAAUUUUGGAAGGAACGUAAGUCGUUGGAAGGUUUAUCUGUACGUGCAGUAUUUUUUAAUGUGUUUCAAUCUGUCAUUGUGCUAUUGUAUGUGCUUGAUAAUGAUACGAACACAAUCAUUCGCAUCAGUUGUUUUGUUGGGUUGGGUAUUGAAUGUUGGAAAAUCAACAAGGUGUUGGACAUAAGCAUUGAUCGGCAAACACGGUAUUUAGGUAUUAUUCCAAAAUUUAUAUUUAAAGAAAAAGGGUCCUACGCUGAAUCUAGUACAAAGGAAUAUGAUCGAGCUGCAUUUAAAUAUUUAUCAUGGGUACUAUUUCCUCUUCUUGCUGCAUAUGCAAUUUAUUCACUAGUCUAUGAAGAACAUAAAGGAUGGUAUUCUUGGGUACUCAACAUGUUGUAUGGUUUUCUUCUAAUGUUUGGGUUUAUUACAAUGACUCCACAAUUGUUCAUUAACUAUAAACUCAAGUCUGUGGCACACCUUCCUUGGAGAAUGAUGUCUUAUAAGUGUUUAAAUACAUUCAUUGAUGAUAUAUUUGCAUUUGUUAUUAAAAUGCCAACAAUGUACCGUUUGGGAUGUUUUAGAGAUGAUAUUGUAUUUUUCAUAUUUUUGUAUCAAAGAUGGAUAUAUAGAGUAGAUCCAACUAGAGUGAAUGAAUUUGGAUAUGCUGCUGAGCCAGUUGAAGAACAGCAACAAGCUAUUGAAGACAAGGUACAGGCCGUUGAAGAAAAACCACAAGUAAUCGAAAAAGAGAAACCUAAAGAUGAUAAAAAGAAUGAUUAAUACAAUCUUCUCAAGCAACACCUUUAACAGUCAGUAGAUGUAUUUUGUUUCAAUUUUUUUUUUCAAUAUUUAUUAUACCAAAACAAAAUUAUUAAAAUAUAUCAAUUUAUAUAAAGUACUGCUUUAGUAAUUUAAUAAUUUACAAAGAUUGUUCAACUAUUAUUGUAAAAAGAUAGUAAGUUUGUAUGGAUAAAUUAAGUUUCUUUUAUUUUUUGUUAUUUUAAUUUUUGUUAAAGGGUAUGGCACCUAAUUUUUAAAAUAAUAUUUAAGACAAAUGGAGUGCAAGUUAAAAUAUUUUGUUUUGUGUUUUGUAUUGUUAUCAUAUAUAAGGCUUGGGAGUUCAUGCCUUUGCACACUUCAGUAUAGCUAUUAAAAACUUGUCAUGCAUUGUAUGUAUGACAAAUGAGUUAAUUAACCUAUAAGGAAUUAAAAAUAUUUUGUAUUACAUACAAGUCCUCUCUUCAUUAAACCAAUAAACUUUUCUUUUGUAAUAACCUUGGUCUGUUGGCAUUUGUUCAAUAUAUUUAGAACUUAAUUAUAUCAAAUGCAACUGUUCAAAUUUGCAUGUAUGUGUUAACCUUAAUUUUUUUCUGCAUGAUAUUAAUCCAUAUAAUGAUAAAGAAAAUACUAGAAGUUGUUUUUUUAAAUUGCAAGAUUUAUAAAAAG